AUGCCAGAGGAAGCGCCCCAUCAUCAGCCAUCAAAGGAACCAAGCCUUGAGCGCGUGAGACAGGCGUUUCAGCGCAAAGGCGGCUACGGUUCGAAGACGUGCCGACAGACUCUGGCUCUUUGUUUGGAACUUUGCCAGAAAGGCCGCGCAACCCAAAACUCAGAGGGAGAGGAAUCCGACUACAGCACUGCUGUUGCGAACAUCCUGGAACGGCUCUCCCCCGAACUGACCCAACAAAUCAUCGCAAUCGCCUAUCCCCUCCCAAAUUUCCUAAAGGACCCCUUUUGUCCUGGUCUCUAUGUUGGCGUCUUUUAUAGCAGCCUGUUCUUUUUGACCAUCGCCGUGGGACCUCCCGAGGAAGGAUCGUCCUCCCGUGUUGCCAAACUCUAUUCACGAGAUAAUCCCAAGCACCUGCAAUGGAACGACAAUCCCGGUCACCACUACACCGAUCACCUCUGGCCACAUCACGACGCAGAGGCAUAUCAGUACAACCCCAACAAGAAACUGAAAGAUCCAAAGAACAAAAAGUAUUUCCAAAAGGGACUGCCAGGAGGCUGUCGAUAUCGACGGUCGAGUGAUCAGUCUCCAUUUUUUCGGCUCUCCAUGGCGACAGCUGAAGACGACAACCACCACCACACCCGUACACCACGACGACGACAAGACUUGACAUUCGUCGAUACUCUACACAAGGUUCCUCAUUUGUGCGGAGUCCGGGGUUUCAUUACUCAUUGCUUAGGACGCCACGACAGCAAGCGCAUGGGGUAUUCCAAAUAUGUUUAUGGGGACAAGCCAAUCCACUACAAAGUCAAGGGGUAUGCCGAACACAAUCCAUCGGUUUCCUUGAACCACGGCGUGUCGGAAUGGAGCAUCGUCUUGGACUUGGGCUUUAACGACACAGUGGGAGGGCCCAAAUCGAACGCUCGAUUUUAUUUGGUGGAGCCACGGUUAUAA